AUGGCGCACAGGACAGAGCUCGUCCUGCAGCCAGCUCCUCCCCGCGCGGGCCUGCACCCUCGCCAGGCCAGCCAUGCCACCGGCGUGGGGACCCCAAGAGGGCUGGUGGUCAUGGGAUGGGGACCUGCGUCUCAUCUCCAGACCACGCGCUCCCGUCCUGCCACCCUGGCCCGGCAGCCGGGCAUCCGUCAGACGGGGACACAGGAGCUUGCAGGCUGCAGGACACAGGGGACCGCCCCGGACCCCGCCGGCCUGCCCCUCAACCCCUCCAAGACAGCCCCUGCCCUCCACCUGCCCCUGCUCUGCAGCUCCCGGAGGAACGAAGAGCCUACUGCACACUGCACGCGGGCCGAGCAUGAAUGCAGCGCCUGCUGUGAGCCAGAGAAUAAAACCGGGCUCGUGACGGCUCGGGCCGGCGUGCAUGCAGCCACUCCCACAUCCGACCCCGACCGGGCAUCACAGGGCACCUGUGUGUACACCAGGCACAAGCCAGGCAUCGAUGCACAGCCUACUGUCUACUUGCAGGUCGUGGAGCCGGCAUGGAAGUUCACCACCUCCGACUCCUGCGACCGCAUCAAGGACGAGUUCCAGCUGCUGCAGGCUCAGUACCACAGCCUGAAGCUAGAAUGUGACAAGCUGGCCAGCGAGAAGUCGGAGAUGCAGCGACACUAUGUCAUGUACUACGAGAUGUCCUAUGGCUUGAACAUCGAGAUGCACAAACAGGCCGAGAUCGUGAAGCGGCUGAACGGGAUCUGCGCCCAGGUCCUGCCUUACCUGUCUCAGGAGCACCAGCAGCAGGUUCUGGGAGCCAUCGAGAGGGCCAAGCAGGUCACCGCGCCGGAGCUGUCGCUGUCGGCGCUGGGCUCGCAGGCGCACCUGUCCAAGGAGGACAAGAACGGCCACGACGGCGACGCGCACCCCGACGACGACGGCGACAAGUCCGACUAGCGGGGCGGGACGCGGGGACGCGGGGGACACGGGGGGCGGCGGGGACACCGGGGACACCGAGGCAGGCCCAGCCCCCCCCGCACUCGGCUGGGGAGGCGAAGCCCACGGGCGGAGGUGGGGGGUCCAGGGACCCGGCACCCCGCAAUCCACACUCCCACCGCCGGGCACCGUCGGGGUCGCCCAGGGCGCCCCCACCCCAGGCCCUGCAUGGAAGCCGCGGAGCUCCCCCC